AUGGGAAGGAUCUCGUCGACUGUGCUGUACCCGGCGUGGGUGUUGGUGCUGAUCGUGCUGCACGUCUGCUUCGCGUUGGGCCGACUGCGGAGGCUGCUCCGUCAACUGCCGGCCUUGCUGCGCUCCCAACUGCGGAGAUCCAACGUUCUUCAACAGCUCGAGGACGAAAAGGGAGUCAAUCUCAACCUCGAAGCGGAGAAGAGGAGAUGGAAGAAGACACCCACACAUCUCGCAGUGCUGUUCCAUCCCGGGAUGCCGGUCGAGUCCGUGUCGAGCUGGUUCUCGUGGUCGGGCAGCACAAGUCGGCAAGCUAGGAGGGCCGAAGUCGAGUUAGCGCAAUUGAGUAGAAUGACGGACGAGUUGAGGAAGCUGGUCAGGUGGUGUGAUGGGUUGGGGAUAGCUCAGUUGAGCGUCUAUGACGAGCAAGGCGAGUCGACCAGGCCCCAGUACCGGUUCGGCCUCUCGAAGUGGCCUCGGCUAACCUCUCACCUCGUCGCGUGUUGAGCCUUCAGGUAUUCUUGACCGAUUUGCCCCAGCCGUCGAGGCUUCUUUGUCCUCCUCUUGCGUCAUCAUCCCCGAGUCGACCCCGAGCUCGGAGACCAGGCGGCACCCGCCGCUGCACGCUUUUCGCCUCGCCUUCUCGACCCCCAUGGCGCUCAAAUCGUCGACAGGGAAGAGGGUACGGUUCCAAACGUCUUCCAGUGAUGGGACAGUCACACCGCCGGGGAGAGAGAUCGAUUCCGGCUACGGACUUUCGGACCUAGGUCAGUCGGAGCUCCGCCAAGGUCUGAGUCUGCUUGGCAGGAGAUCAUCCUGACCUCGUCUGAACUCUUGCAAUUCCGUCACAGGCUCGGAGACUCCGAUAGCUACAUCCUCGGUCUUGUCUGUCAACCUCCUUUCCCGGAGAUCGGGUCGACCCCACUUGGCCUCGAUCGCCCGCCAACUCGCCGAAGGGCAGAAUUUGGGUCACUCGAUCGAAGAGGCGAUCGAAGGUUAGUUCUAAGCAGCCGCUCUGUUAUCCUCGUUUUCUCGACGACUGAUCUUUACUCGCGACUCGGAUUCUCCCUUCUUGCACAGCCGGAUCCUUCUCCGAACCUGAUCUUCUGCUCGUGCUCGGGGGACCCUAUCUUCGACUUCGGGGUUUCCCACCGUGGCAACUUCGACUGACCGAGAUGUAG